GAUAACGACUCACUUUCGGCACACGCACAUGUGUUUACAAAUGUGAAUGUCAAGAGAUCACAUGGAAAAUAUUGAUACUCCAACCAACUGAAGAUUACCAUGCGUUGCAAAUUCAUGUUUGUAGAGGGUCUUUUGUAGACAACAAGGUAUACCCAGCUGUUUUAACAUGGCAUCGUGUUGUAGAUUCACAUACCGUUGUUUACACCUAAGAUGCACAAGUUCAUUGAUAAAAUCACGGAAUCAAAAAACUGUUUUAUUUAGUAGAACCUUUUCUAGCGAGGAUGAUCACGGCAGUACUGAACCAAGGAUUCCAAGACGAUUUUUGAAGAAGUUGACAAAACUGAAUGCUGGAGAAACAAAAUAUGAAAUAUCCUUCUCAGAAAAGAGCACACCAGAUGCAUCUGUUAUUCAUGAGGAGAAGCACUCACCAGAAAAAGUGUCUGAACUUGUUCGAGAAUCAGUAACUUUGUCAGAUGAUUCCCCUCCAGAAUUUCCAUCCGAUAUCAAGAGCUAUGAUAACAGAAAGAGACUACAAAGUACCAAAGCGUACAGGCCAGUCAUCGAUCCAUCUUUAACAUCAAUUGUGCUUUUUCAAGGACAAGGGAGUCAGUUUGUUGGCAUGGGAAAGGAAUUACUGCCAUACCCAGGUGUGAAAGACCUGUUUGAUAAAGCCAGUAGCAUUUUGGGCUAUGAUCUUUUGAAGAUAUGCUUGAAAGGGCCCUUUGAGGAGUUAAGAAAAACAGUCUUUUGCCAACCAGCCAUAUUGGUUACCUCCCUUGCAGCACUGAUUAAGUUAAGGGAGAUACAUCCAGAGGUGGAUCACAAAUGUGUUGGCACAGCUGGGUUCAGUGUUGGAGAGCUGUCGGCUCUAGUCUUUGCUGAGGUGCUCACAUUUGAAGAUGCUGUAGAACUAGUGAAGGUGCGAGCUGAGGCGAUGCAGAAAGCAUCAGAAGAGACACCGAGUGGUAUGAUGACAGUGUUCUGCGGGCACGACACGAAGCUCAACUUUGCCCUCCAUGCUGCCAAGGAGUACUGUCGCGUGAAGCUGCACAUGGAGAACCCCGUCUGUAGCAUCGCCAACUAUCUCUACCCAGAAUGCAAAGUUGUUGCAGGAAAUAUGGAGGCACUGAAUUUCUUGGAGCAGAAUCACCGAGAUUUCCGCAUCCGCCGCCUAAAAUGGCUCCCUGUGAGUGGAGCCUUUCACACCAAUCUCAUGGAUCCAGCUAAGGCUCCAUUCCAGGCCAAGCUGAAACGGUUGGAGCUGAAUAAACCUCGCGUUCCUGUGUACAACAACGUGAACGCUUCCAGGUACAGGAACGCCGGCAGUGUCAUCGACUUGUUACCCAAACAGAUGUGCAAGCCCGUCAAGUGGGAACAGACAAUGCAUGUGCUGUAUGCACGUGACCAGGGGAGACAAUUCCCGAAGACCUACGAGAUCGGCCCAGGAGGCCAGUUAGGGGUGCUAUUGAAGAAAGUUAAUCUUAAAGCCGGGAUGAACCUGGUUCGAAUGGAAGUGUAGGACAGACUAUCAAUGGAAUUCAAUAGGGAAUGCACAGAUCGAAUGUUGUUUUACGUCUAUUGUUGUAUGAAGAUAUUGUUUUGGAACCUCAAUUAUCCAGUGUAUCAUAUGGAUAAAGCCAUACUGAACCAGCAACAUUGAAAUGAUUCUGAGAUGUUGGUAAAUUUAAUGUUUCCAAAAAUCGCAAGGCAUGAUGUCAUGAUAAAGCAGACAUAUUGUUGGUUCAUUGUAUUAUAUAUAUACCAUUCAACUUUUGAUAGGGAUACUGUUAAUCGUGAAAUUAAUGCAAGCGUGAAUUAAAUGCGAAAAAUGCGAGUGGUCUUUGCUCGCAUUUUUAAACAUCGCAUUUAUAUCAACAAUAAGACAUUUUAGAUAGCAAAAAUAUCAACGUAGACAUACGCUGAUGUAUUCCACACCACUGUUUAUUGAGCAGCACUUGUAUAUAAAGUACAAUGUCAUUCAAACACUAAUUACAUCCUGUGAAUUGUCACUGCUGGGGUCAAGACAAAAGUUCUACUCACUUAUGUCAUCACUGAUCACACCUGCAAGUCCAGAGAGACGCCACCCUUUGUUCUUGCGUCAAAGGCCGACAUGAGCCAGCGCUCAUGUAUUGUUUUUGCGGAAGUACUUUACUCAGCGCUAAUAAGCGGUGCUAUUUGGUGUGUGAUUGGAUUAAUGUAAGGUUGGAUUAAGGUGAGGAUUCUAAACCUGACUGAGGACAUCUUUAGAUAGAAAUCCACUGAUGCUUGAGAGGAGGGGGUGUCACAUUCAUAUUGAGUCGCAUUUUUGGCUAGGGUCCAGUGGUCGCAUUCUUUUGGAGACGCAUUAAUUCACAAUUUACAGUAAUGAGAUGUCAUGCUAUUUAUAUAUACCCUUAACAUAUUAUGAGAAUCAGUUUUGUUUAUGAUGGAGAGAUAUAACUAUCCCUAUUUAUGAUAAUUCCCUGGUCCUAUUCACCACACAGGACCAUGGUAACAUGUCUUUAUCGUUCUUGUUUGAACUCUAGUGUAUUCAUAAAUUCUAGAUGGUUUCCCAUAUGGGCGUCACUGAUUGAAAAUUUUAGUAUUGAUAUAUAGACUCACCCAAUAUCGAUUACAUAGGAUUCAUGAUUGUGUGUGGAUAGAUACAAAUGACCUAUGUAGACAUGGAAUUUAGUGCUAAAUAUGAACUGGGCCUGUCCAUUUAAUGUUUAAAAUUGAAUUGUCACUGUCCAUCUUUGCUAUGGUCAUCUUAAUAAAUGUGAAUGUUUCUGUAACAAUGAAUUAGUAAUUUAGUAUCGAUAUUCAUAAUUUGUUUCAAUACAGUACCGAUAUUAAGGAUUUACCAAUACAUCGUUAUCACGAUAUGACAACCGUAUAAGCAUAAACAUUGUCUUCGACCACUUCAUGUAGCUAAGUUUGUGUUGUUUGUUGUCAUACGCCGCACUCAGCAAUAUUCAAGCUUUGUAUAUUAUAUGAUGGUGGUCUGUAAAUAAUCAAGUCUGGACCACACAGUGCAGUGAUUGACAUCAUGAAAAUCGAUCUAUGCAAUUGGGAUACGAUGACAUGCAUCAAAUAAGUCAGCGAGCAUUAGUCGCCUCUUACGACAUGCAUAGUCGCCUUUUACGUCACGCAAGGGUUGCUGUAGAGAUGGUUAGAAAUCCUCCUGGUGAUGACACAACCCAACAUGCAUGAUCGUAUGAUAUAUAAAUCCAUGAAUCACCAACAUGACACACUGUAUCAAUACAACCCUUACCAUGAAGAUGCCAUACAUUCAGUUUGACUCAUUGUGACUUAGGUACAUCAUCUUCACAGUCUUCCCGAGGCAAGGGAGUUAACUGACUGUAAACGUCGCCUCUUGCAGCAAGCAUGGGUUGCUGAAGACGGAUUUAACUCGUGGGUUCCUGGUUAAGGAGCUAGAGUGGAUUUUGUUUAUUGUCACAGUCACGAGUAUUCCAGCCAGUAUGUAAAUACUCGAACCCCGGACCUGGCACAACCGUGAUUCCAAGUACUAGCUAGGUCAGUGCCAUUGCGGUGCAAUAAUCAUUGUUGGGCUCUCAUCAUGUGUUGUAAACCCGUUUCCAUGACUACAUGAUGUUGCACCCUGGGAAUUCUGGUUUAGGUUAGUGUUUGAUAGCAUUAGCAAUUAUUUAUGUUGUCAUAUUCAUAGUCUGUAGUUACGGAUGUUUGUUGUUGAGUAAACUAUGGUUAUAAUAAACUCAAAGAGACCACUAAUUUUAGUUCUUUAUAACCGUAGUUCGUUAAAAGCAUAUAUAUACAGCAAAUUGAUGGGACCCCAAAACCUGUUAUAUCCAUCGGUUCAUUAUAAUCGUGUUCGUUAUAAACGUACUUCACUAUACGAUCGACUGAAUGGAUUAGGUGGUCAGGCUCAGUGACUUAGUUGAUUGGUCAUCAUAUUCUGACGGUAUGUAUUGUUGCUCAUAAUAUCAAUCACUGGUUUGCCUGGUCCACAUUAUUUACAGGCCACAGUGAUGCAUGUUGUUGCAGCGUUAAACAAAUGUUCCGUGUGUUAUCCAAUAAAGUACGAAGAAAGAGAUGAAAAGAAAACAAAUAAAUUUUAUACCAGUU